AUGGCAGACGAUAAAGUGGAUCCCAACCUUUCAUACAAUAAGUUCAUUUUUAGCGUUUUCAAAGUCCUCGAUGCACCUGUGACAUAUUUCAAAGAGAAUAUUGUGACACCUCUCCACAACCGAAACAAACACUAUUAUUACCACCGUCGGUUCAAUCGGGUACCAACAAUUGAUGAAUGUGAAGUGGAUGAGCCCCUUUGUAUAUUUGAGGCAAAUGAACAGUUCAAGAGAGACAGGGGUGUUGAUGCCAACAUCUUGAAAAUCCUUCGUAGACGUAAGACAGAAUGUAUGAUGUACAAUGGACAUAACGCACCACAGAAAUGCCAAAAAGUUACUGAGGAUUAUGAAAAAGCUUCCACCAACUGGUUUAUCAAGUAUGGAGAUCUUGGUGCAGCUGCUACCGUGGUUCAUGCCUUCAUGAAACAAAAACAUCGAAUGAUUUGGGAAAGAAGGCAAAUUGAACAGGGAACAGGUAAAGUCCUACGCUGA